GCAUGGAAGACGUUCCUGUUCCUGUUUUGACAGCUAAUGAGCAAAGUGAUACCGACGCCAUCGCUGAAUAUGAAGUUCUGAGUGAAUUCACCAAUGACGAACGCUCCAUCGAUAGUCCUACUAUUACCUCCCAUCAAUGAUGAGUCUGCCCUUAUCAUUCCGUAAAAGGCAAAACGCUAUGGAUAGAAUGUCGUUGACAAGUCAUUGCUACUUGGCGUAUACGAUGGUCCGUAUGUUGUUAUUCUCUCAGGACUGGAUCACUUUCACCAUCGCGUUGAUCCACCACCCUAGACCACUCAGGCCAACAAUUCAUAGAUUGGUUAUCAUUAUAGCUGUUAGUAUUCUGAGUGUUGCCUUUCCUUCCUUUUCCUUUCUUUUUACCUUUUGUCCCCUAAAAGGGAUUUUUUUACAAUCAAUUACAACCACUGAAACUGGCCAGAGCAGACACAAUGUAUUAAGACAUUACGUGCUCACAGGUCACAAAAAAGUUUUUCAAUAAAAGAAAUAUUUAACCAUAUUAUAC